AUGUCUAGUUAUCCGGUCGCAACAGCCACUAUCAACGGGAAACCUUCCCUAUUCGUAAACAAUAAUGGCACCCUGACCUGUCAGGCAGAAGGAGACAAACCAAACCAGUUCAACGAAGUCACGGUGCAAACCCGUGAUGAUCAGCAGCCUAUAACCCUUGAUGAAGGGUCAUCGGUCUGCGUGACUGAGUGGCAGGGCGCGGACACCAAAACCAAUUAUCGCAUCUAUGGCAGUUGCAACAAGAAAAUGAUCGAGCUUGCCUCAAGCGACCAGGAGACUGAUUGGAUCUACGGGGAUCUCACCACUCAUCAUAUUCCCGCUGUGGACGGUUCGACCCUGACCGCAACAUCCGCAAAUACUGCUGCGGGGGAUCUCAUUCGGGUCUACGCCAACGUGACAGAUACGGAUGCAGAUUGCUCUGUUUACUACUACAAUGAUACAACAGGCGACUGGUCUUUUGAUGGUGAUAUCUCGAUCAUAGAUCCUGGUGAUUGA